ACGCGAGCCUCAGUGAACUUUGCAACAUGACGUCGGGAUUGUCGGAAGCAGAACUUGUAAAAUUUGUCGACCAUCUUGGAUUGGAGAAAGAUGUUCUUUCAAUCUGUCAAGGAACAACAGGAGCAUACGACAACCUCAAACUUAUGAAGGUCUGGAGAAACCAGCUUAGACUACAGCCACUUCACUUCAGAUUCGAGCUAGCUGUGGGUCUUCGUGCUGUUGGAAGAACCGAGAUUGCCAGUAAGAUUCUCGCCGGUAGGCAUCAUACUAAUGAAGUAGGUUCCAGCGUUGUCGAAAGCAUAUGCAACAUUCUAGAGAAUGAUAAAAUGAAAAGACUCCGUGAACACCUUAGACUGAAGACUCGGGAUGACCAGAGUCCUACAACGGUUACACCAACACUUAUGACGGAGUGGGUACGAAACUGGUUAGAAGAGUUUGAAAACAUUUCAGUGAUGAAAUUAUUCAUGGACAAGAUUAAGUGUCUGGAAAAUACUAGCGACAAUGAAUCUGAAGUCUAGCCAGCAUAAAAACAAAAGUGAGAAGACAGUUAGCAAUCUUGAAUCUGAGCCUAACAACUGAAUAAACAUUGACAUUUCAUGAACUUUGUU